ACACUCAGAUUGGACCCACUUGCAGUGCAAAGAGACCACAAGCAAGAAGACUCCGAAGCCGGGAGUAGAAGUACCAACAUUGAUCCUGGAGCUUUUUGAACGAAGAGACAAGACGAGAACACACACAGCGUUUAUUCGGUUCUGCGGACUGUCUGCUGGAGCUCCGAUUUUACCCGAUUUGUACCUCCGCUAUACGCCAGUUUUCUCUGGAUAUAGCAGCUAAACUAAGUUGGUAGUAAACUCUUUGGAGUUUGGUAAGAGUCGCUUUACAUUUUUUCUUUGCUUGUGAGAGUGGACUGCACUGAAACUUGGCAACCGACCCGUUUGGGUUCAGGUCGGGCUUGGACCUGACACAACUUAGGACGAGAGCUGAAGACCUGAACACUUUGAGUCACAACUUCGAGUCAGCUGCUGCUACCCGAGUCCGGACCGGAUAGAGAGCCGCUGACGGGACUUAGGGAAGAGCUUGACAGGUAAAGGGAGACUUUUAUUUCACUUUUGAAUGUGUGCUUUCAGUGAGAUUCACAUUUUCAGAUUCACAAACAAGCCAAAGAUAGUGAGUUUAAGAAAUGCUAAGUUUUUAAUCUGCAACGUGUUUCUGACUGUCUCUGUCCGUGGUGCUGAAACUCUCGCAAGUCUCCCUGUUUGAACAACUUUACCGCUUUUCUGCAUCGAUUUCAGUAACCAAACCUUCCCAAAAAGAGUGAAUUUCACCCUGGAUUUGUUCCGUUUACGUUGUAGUAUACUCGUACUGCGGUCAAGUGAGUUGUACUCCGCGUUACCGGAGCAACAGAAAGUUAGAUCGCGGCAACAGGUUGCACGCUGGAACUUUCCUUCUACGCUUGCAUCGCUGAGGGUUGAUUCACAAGAUUCUACAAUGUCUUCUUGCAAAUGGCAAAUCAAAGUUUAGAUCAUGCAGUUGCUGUUUUACACUCGUAAUGCAUUCAAGUGUGGGCAAAAUCCUUGUAUGUUUGAAUUAAACACUGUCUUCUUUGAUUAACUUAAGCAGCAAUUAGUCAGCAAUCAAUCUUUAAUUCACCCUCUUCCAUGACAAGUUAGAGCUCUGUCAUGAUGGUGCAACUUGUCUCUGUCUUCUCCUGCAGGGACUUGCUGUCAGCAAUCUGCACAAAUCUGCUGUGUAUUGCUGUAUCUUGUUUUUUGCUUCUUUUCAAGUUUGUUUUUGCAACAAAGCCACAACAGGGGGUCGAGUUUUCUUGCACAAGUGCAAGUUUCUGCAUCAGGAACAGCAGAAGAAAAUGCACAAACAGUUUGCAGGAGGAAGCUUACUUAUAGUGGCAAACAGGUGUAUCAUUCAUUCUUAAAAACAGCACAAUACUGAACAGGACUCAGGGAAGAAAACCUGGUUGUAUAUGAUAUGACUUCUCUAUCAGCCUCUAAAAUGCAGAUUCAUGCAUCUUCUGUACAACUUCUUCAUUCAGAAGUCAUGCAAAUCCCUCUGCAGACGAUCAAAGCAUCAUAUCUUAUAAAAUCUUUGCACACUGCUUUACAAUUUUGUUCUUUUCUGCUUUUUUUUCCACUUACAACAUGAUUAAUGCAAAGCUCUCUGCGAUGAGACAGGGUGCUACAAAACUGCAUGAAUACAGCAUUUCUCUGAUGGUUAUCUUGCACUUUCCACACAGAUGUGCAAGAAAAAAUGUUUAAAGUGCAUGUCUCCAUAACGACAAAUGUCCUGCACUUUAAGGCUGCACAAAUGCUGUUGACGACAGCAAACAGACAAGCAAAAGAAAGAGGGCAGAAAGGUUGGGGAGGGAGGGGUGUGAAAGGAGAGAGUAGAGCUCUGCUACGACAGCUGGACUUCUUUUCACUGUGUGCCUGAUCAGAUGCCCAUUCAUGGAGCUUCCGGUUGUUCGGAAGGCGGGAGAGAGAGACAGCCACCUACACAAAGCUGAGGUCUUUGCUGUGUUGCACACAGAGAGGAGAGGAGAGGGUUAGAGGGAGACAGGGAGAUGUUGAAAGGAGAUGUGAGGAAGGUAAUUAUGAGUACUCCGUCUGAAAAGUGCAGGUGCUUCUCACAGUGAAUGUCGCUGCAGGCAUCGCUGUUCCGCUGUGUCCCUGCACUGCCCAUUUAUUAUGAUUAACUUUUCUGUAUCAGUUUAACAUACAGGGAAUCAUCAUUAGGUUUUAAAGACUUCCAUCUCACUGACAACUUAUCAUAUUUAUAUGCUCUAAUUAACAUGCCCUCAGCUUGUUUAACAUAAAUUAAUAAGCAACAAUAAAAAGAACAGUAAGAACAACUUAGACGAAAGAAAAAUAACCCUGAAUUCAUUUGAAGGAUGUUGCUGAGCAACAGUGUUUCCACCUCCUGCACUCCACAGAGCAUCUCCUAUCAUUUCAGCCAGGUUGUGUUUUGUGCAGAGACCUUGAUAUUGAUUCUGUCCUCUUUCUCAAGAGAGUUUGCAGCGGUCAGUGGAGAAUUUAUUUGAUUGCAAGAAGAGUAACUUCUGCAGUAAAGUACCUGUGGAUGCAAAUGAAUGCAUGCAAAAAUCUCUCCAAAAAAGAAUAAAUAUGCAACAUCUGAGUUGAUUUAAAGAAGCUUUGUAUUGACCGUGCAUGCAUUUGCAUCUGUUAUCAUCUCAUUUGUUUGAAUCCAUAGUUCUUUCAGUCUAUCCUUUGGUAUGUGGUGCCUGAAAUGUUCCUAGAGUGAUUUUUUUAAUGCUCUGCAGCAGGGUAUGUAAUCACACCUUGCCACGGACACAGAUGAACAAUUUCUCUUGUUUUCCACUUAAUAGAAGGAGCGCAUUGCACAAAUAACAGAACUAAUAGGCGUCUGUGGUUGCCAGUGGCAAUGCUUCUAUGGACGUCAGACUGACGCACAUGAAUCGCAGUUCAGUGCAGUGUGUGGGAGGAAAAAGCAAGAGCACUGAGAUACCAGUCUGCUGUGAAGGACUGUAAUUGCAGAGCAAGAGCAAUUAUGUCCCUGAGAGCUGGGCAUUUUGGAUCAUUGAAUCUGCCCUGAAACACACUGAUACUGAUCAGAGGCAAAUCCCUGAUGCAUGAAUGUUAGGUCAACAAUGAGUCCAAUUAGAAUGCAUCACAUGAAUACUGAGUAAAUAGUGUAUUUCAUAUGGACACAUGGAUAUCCUGUGUAUUGAUUUCCAACAGUGUGAUUUUGGUUUCCCUCCCUUUAGUAUAUUGACAGAUUUUCCUCUCUUUUUCCCUUCUCUGAUUCCCUGCAGCUCCCUUGUGGUGCAGAUACGACAGAUUGUCUGAUGCACUAAAGCCCACAAAUCCAACACUUCUGUGUGCGGAUCAGUUGAAGUCAGAAAUCCUAGAUAAGUGCAGUAACUUGCAACAAAGAAGUUAUAAAACAACUUUACAAAGAAGAGUGAUCAAAGAAACAAGAGGAAGAACAUCCCCUAAUCUAAGACGACCCAAUGGCGUGGUCAGCUCUCGUAGGCCCCUGCGUGGCCCUCCUGCUGCUCUUCUUCGGCUCGACCUCCUGCACUCCCUCUGGCCCUGCCUCUGCCACCUGCGCCACCUUGGAGCAGAGCCGCUUCUUUGGUGUUUUCACCUCCUCGACCACCCUGCACUCUACGCCCUGUUCCUGGACCCUGCAAAACCCUGAUCCUCGCCGCUACACUGUCUACAUGAAAAUCACCAAGCCUACUGAAUCCUGUGUGCCUCGCCAGAUCAAGACCUUCCAGUUCGACUCCUUCAUCGAGACUUCCCGCACCUACCUGGGUAUGGAGAGCUUUGAUGAGGUUGUGAGGCUGUGCGAUGCAUCCACCACCGUCACAUACCUGGAGUCCAGCAAGCAGUUCCUGCAGCUCCGCAGAGUGGCCCCGAGGAACGGUCUGGAGGUCGUUGAGGAGCACCACGAUGUCAACGAGUUCAAGGCUGAGUUUCUGGUUGUGGGGAAGAGGAACCCAAGCAUGCCUGCCUGCCAGAUGCUGUGCCAGUGGCUGGAGAAGUGCCUGUCGAGCAGCACCCAUGAUUAUCCCUGUGGCAUCAUGAACACACCUUGCCAGUGCUGGGAGGCGCCAAAGAGGAAGCCAGGAAGCUGCUACAGGGGCGGAGUCUAUGUUGAGAAGUGCCUUCCCGUUCCUAAAGACAACGGACGUGACGCUGAGAUUAUCAGUAAGUUUGAAACACUCUGAAAUACAAUGCAAAAGUAAAGAAUCUCUUACUUCUGCAGAGACAAACAAAAACAGUGUCCACCUGUACUAUUGAUUUUGUUGUUUUGUAAUGCAAUCCAUUAGACAAGACCUGUUAAUAUGGGGGGGAUCAUGUUCUCAAGCCCCCCUGCAGCCCUGCAGACAGGUAGAGCCCUGCCAUCAGGAGCUGUUGAGGGUAAUGAUCCGUGUCUGCAGAGUGAGCAGAGGAUGUGCACUCCUCUGCUGCAAAGUAAUGAGAGCUAAAUCAAAGGUGUUAGAGAAAUUUGUCAGAGCAUCUCAAGGCUUUAUUGGCGAGACUGCCUGGAGUGCACACAUCAGUAGCUCUCCAUUUUGUGUGGGGCUGGCAUGUUAGGGCUAAUCGUUGGAGUCUGGGUUUUGGGGAGCGACAGAUAGAUAGGGGGUUGUGUUUGUGUGUGCGUACGGGAUGGAGAGGGAGGGUUGGGUGGAAGGAGCACAAAGACCUCACAGUCAGCUGGUGGCGGAAAUCGAAGUGCUGCACUUGCAGUCGUCAUAGCAACACUCCUGUUUGCUUCACACGCAUACACACAGCUCUACAGUAGUUCACACCAAGUGGUUAAAUCCAAUAAUUACCAUUUAAAACGGAACAUCAAACAAGCUCGAACGCUUUGCUCUGUUCACAAAGACUUGUCCUUGCUCAUUAUCUGUACAUACAGUAAAGAUUCUUCACUUCCUCUUCCUACGUAUGAGCUUUAUGACGGGGAGAGGAUGAGUUGAAUCACUUACAAACAGAGCCAACUAAACUUUUUCAAACUUUAAUAACAAUGCAGUUUUUUCCCAGCGACAUUCAAGCAUGCUUCAUAUCUCUCCUCCGCUUGUGUCUCUCCCCUGCAGAGGGCUGGGCUGGAUGGGGCCGCUGGUCAGUGUGCAGCCAGGAGUGUGGGGGCGGAGUUCAGGUACGCAGCAGAGCUUGCCAGCCUGAGGACGGAGUGUGUGAGGGAACAGUUGAAGAAGGACGGGCCUGCAACCCUCAGCCAUGCAUCGGUAAGCCAGUUCGUCAUUAAGCCGUUUAAUCUUGAGCUGCGGGUGUCUCACAUUCAGCGCUGUAAUCAUGUAAUUUUCUAAUUAUCUCAGGCAAAGAGCGCAACAGGAGCCAAGGUCUGCGUGCUAUUGUUGGUUUGAAGAGAGACAAUGCUGAUGAUGCAAAUUAUGGAGUCGUUGCAACACAAACAGGUACGACAAGGAGGUUUUGGUGCAUGCACUAACACACUGUACGGUUCAGACUUCUUCUCUUCGUAUGAUGCAGAUGGUCCAGGUUUGCUGCAGCUCUAACCUAUUUCUGUUAUCUCAAAGUAGAUACCAAAACAGACGAGUGGUCCACAUGGAGUUCUUGCUCCGUCACCUGUGGAGAGGGCUGGCAAGGCCGUACCCGCAUCUGCGCUACUUCCUCCUACACCACUCAGUGCACAGGACCCCUGCGUGAGAACCGACCCUGCAACAACACUGCUGUCUGCCCCGGUUAGUGCCUCUUUACUCCUCUGUAAUGUGAGUGAGACAGGGUGGAAAACAUCAGGUGUCUUUAUAUGUCUGAGGCACACAAACAAUGUUGUCGUAAUGAAAGCAGCGGUCACACAGAGAGAGCAGGAGCUGAGAAGUAGGAGGGGCAACUUUCACACUGAGAUUCACUCUGAUUUCUGAUCACAAACAACGUUCUUGAACAGCUUUAGGACAGUGUGCAUGAUUACCCCACCUACUGGAGACAUAUAUACCUACACCCUGCAUUCAAAACACCACCUGCACACUUGAAACAAAACAUUUCAUUAAAUCAUAUCCCUUUUGUGUCCUGUGUCUUUAGUGGAUGGCGCUUGGGAUGAGUGGACCCCCUGGAGCCUGUGCUCAUCCACCUGCGGUCGUGGUUAUCGUGACCGUACCCGCACAUGCAAGCUGCCCCAGAAUGGAGGAGAGCCUUGCCGUGGCCCAACGAAACAAACCAAGUUCUGCAACAUCGCUGUCUGCCCAGGUGAGACAAGGACUUAACAGAAAACCAGUUGAAAAGUAACACAUCGGGGACGAGAGGCACCAAAACACAAAAUCCAUUCACCUAACUUCUAAAUUCCAUAGCAACUGUCUCAGGAACUUGACCCUCGAGCUGACUGAUUCAUAUAUAAGAGGUAAUUAAACCACUUAGCGGCAUCCCCACUGUCCCUAAACAGCAGUUGCAGUGGCAGGUUGACAUUAACUGUGACGCAUUCACAGAAAAAAAAAAGAAAAAGGACUCUGUGGGCAUUAGUCAGUAUAACAACUGCCAGUGACUCACACUGUACUCAUGGUCACUCAGUGCAUCACUUCUUCACUUACUGCCACCUACUCAUGUGCUGAAACUCACUUUGAAGUCUCACAUGCAACUUGUAGGUGUAGUUUUUUUACACUUUUCCUACACUAAAUUUGGCGGAGAGCAUCAUUAGUGUGAAAACAACACAUCUCUCUUUUCUUUGUCAACCCAAGGCUUUAUUCUUUGUGCUAUUACACGUUGCCAUCAGCAGAUGUCUCUGCGCUGAAUCCACAGCUGAGUCACUCCUGAAGUCGGAGAGAACAGGAGCUGUGCUGUUAGGCAAAGUCAUUACUGAGAGAUGAUUACACAUUUAGUUUAAAAUUGAAAGGCUGACGAAAUUGAACUAGACUUAAUAGCCUUUUUAGCUUGAGAGGAUUUUUCAUUUUAGAUUAAUCUAACUUCUUGUACUUUGAGUCUAUUUUUCCAUCUAAUGUGGCAGCUUUUAACUGCAAAAUUGCAGGGUUUUUUUAAUCUUACAAAAGCUUUUAUAACCCCAAAGUUCAAUCUGUAAAACAAAAAUGAUCUCCCCAAGGUCAGUCAUUAUCCCCUCUUAUGUAUGUCUAUAUGCACUUUACUAAAAAUGCUUCAAAAUGAGCAUAAACAGUCCACAUUAUUGACCAAUUUAGGUUUUAAAAGUCUCUUUAGUUAAGCAAAGGACACAAAAAAAAAUCCUCUUUAAAAUAAACUUUAUUGAAGUUUUCAGAUUUGUCAGUUUUUGGAGGUUAAGAGGCAGAUAACAGCGCUCCACUUUCUGUUUUACCCAAACUCUAUGUCAUCUGAAAUACUUGUUUCGAUAUUGACACUUCUGGAGCUCCAACAGUCUGUGUAACUCUGUCAUGUAUCUGUGCCGCCCUCUAGUGGAUGGAUCCUGGAACGAGUGGUCAGCCUGGAGUACAUGCUCUGCUUCCUGCUCCAAUGGCACUAUGCAGAGGACCCGGGAGUGCAAUGGGCCGUCUUACGGUGGCUCUGAAUGUCACGGCAGCUGGAAGGAAACCAACAACUGCUUCCUGCAAGAAUGCCCCGGUAAAAUUUUAAAAAAAGCUUAACUUGUAAUUUCAAGAUUUACAAUCCAUAUAAAAAAAGACGAAUAAGAUGUUUCUGAGUCCAGAGUUCAUGGUGCAAAAUGUUCUCUAUGUCUAGUUGAUGGACGCUGGCAUGCAUGGACAUCCUGGGGCGGCUGCAGCAAGACUUGUGGUGGAGGCAUCCAGCAGAGGCAGAGAGUGUGUGAGGGGCCUUUCUUUGGUGGCGAACCCUGCCCUGGUGACAAGGGAGAGCAGAAGAGGUGCAAUGAGAGGAGAUGUCCUGGUAAGUUCCCCAACACAUAUGAUUGAAAGUAGACAAACUGCAGAAAAGACAGAGACAGUAAAGUGUUUUGUACCCUAUUGUAUUGUGUCGUGUUGUCGUUUUAAAAGGAGGAAGGCUUCUUAUUCUUUGUUUUACCUUUGCUACGUUAUAGAACCCUAUGAGAUCUGCCCUGAGCAGAACAAUGGAGACAUUGUGUGGAAGAAAACUCCCGCAGGAGACGUGGCUGCCAUCGCCUGCCCUACUGAUGCCUCAGGUACGAAAACAACAGCAUAUAAGCUGACGUGCUUUUUCUCUUUUCCAGUGUCGUCUUUGUCUUUUCAUUAUCCUCCAAUCACGCAGACUGAACAUCUUAAUUUCUUUAAAUGACAGGUCUGAUUCUGCGCCGAUGCACCCUGGACGCCGUAGGUCUCGCCUCCUGGGAGAACCCGACUCACAUCAAGUGUGUCUCUGAGAACUACCAGAACAUUCAGACACUGGUGAGCCUUAAUUUCAAUUUUAACGCCCCAUCUGUUGUGUCCUCACUCGGCUAAUUUCCCUGAAGUAAAGUCAAAGCAGGGAAUGUCAAAGAUACAGAUUAACCUCUGAUUCUUCUUUCGCAGUCGAGGGACUACAUCUCCAAAGCGCAGAUGGGGCAGAGUGUGGAUGGGAUCGCCGAGGUGAUUUCACGCCUUAGAUUCUCCUCUGAUGAAGGGGCCAAGUACAGUGGGGACCUCUUGGCUGUCAUGGAGAUCCUGAAGAACACCACUGAACUGUACAAGGGAACCAGGCUGAGGCUGAGCAGCGCAGAUACUGAGGUAAGAGAGAAACGUGACGGUAAAAGGAUUGGUUUUUUAAAAAAGUGCAUAUUCAAAGAUAAUAUAUUUUGACCAAAAGUAAAGUAGCAUCUAAUCAAGUUGUGUUUUGUGCUUUCUUCCACCUCUGCCUCUUUUUAAUGAUGCUCAGAACUUCGUCCAGACUAUCAGCAACCUCCUGAAAGAGGAACAUCAUGACAAAUGGGAAGAAGCACAACUGGUACGUGAUAAGAGUGUGUGUUUGAGUGUGUGUAUGUGUGAACAGAGGAGAAAAUAGGUCUGCGGUGCUAAUGUUCUUGUGAUAAUGUGUGGAGGACAAAUUCAGAGAGUUGUCAGUUCAUAGCGAAUACAAAAAAUGUGAAAAUGACUCCCCAAAAUUUCCCUUUGACUCAUCCAAAUAAUGAAUCAGAAUAAAAUGAGUGUAUGAUGCAUAGAGCUUCAUUUAUAUAAGACUCAAAAUAAGAAUAAAUACAUGUCUAAAGUUUUGCAUGUGAAGUAGGUUCUCGUACUUUAAAGACCUGAGCAAAAGUUAUUUGAAUAAAGAGAAAUUUAGUUCAUCCAACCACCUGUUGAUGCACUUUAGUUCGACAAAUAAAAUCAUAUUUCCUGCUCGAACGAGUCAAGAAUUAGUUUUACUCGAACAAAAGAAGAGCAAGACAAUCACUUAGCCUUCCACUCCAGAGAGUAAACAACACGUUUGAGCACAAAUUGAAAACUAGAUUCUGAAUUACGAACGCCACUGCGACAAGACAAAGUGAACACUUCAAGGUCACAGCGAAAAAAGAGCCAGAGAAAAAAAGAGUCAGGGAGAAUCACUGCCGCCCACCGUGCAAUCUGUGAGUCUCCCUGCCAUCCUACAUAUCGACAGCAGUUGUAAGGGGACACGGACAGCACAUACAAGCACACACCUUUUACACCCACAUCGCUGCAGUUCUGCGUCAGAGACACGCAAGUCAGGCAGCCCUCCCUCCCUUCCACCCAGCGAAAGAUGGAGGACAAAAAAACCUGAGUAUGAAUCAACAGCCUGCCCAUUUAUGGCUUUAAGGAAGUUCUGGGGUUGCAUAGCAGCAAGAAGUGUGUUUUUCUCCUCUUGUUUUGUACUUGCACACUUAGUGCCCAGACAGCAUGAGUAUGAGCUGGACUGACACAAGCAGAAAAUCUGUGGAUUGGCUCCAUAUCAUUAAAGUGUUGCAUGCAUAUAAUGAAACUACUUGAAUUCCCCCCUGCCCCUUUCUCUCUACUAUCCCUCCUUUGACCUUUGUCCCUUUUCUCCUCCUUUUCCAUCCAGAUGGGCGACAACAUCAAGUCCUUCCUCCGCCUCGUCGAGGACUUUGUGAACAUGAUCGGUAUGCAAAUGAGCGGCUUCCAGGACAUUUAUGAAGUCACCGAGAAUUUAGGUGAGUCCUAAUUUCCUCUGCCAGCUGCUCCCUGCUCUUGUCUAGUAGUCGGGCGUGAUUUGUCCUCUCUCCAGCCAGAGUGCAUCAAUCUUUAUCUUGUUGUGAAUCCGAGUCCAUACAAGCAGCAGCGGUAGAAUAUAUCACUUUGACAGAGUGUCAGGUCCUGUGACAUGUGCCAUCUUCAAGCAAGUAUAUUUGGCACAACACAUACACAGAGCUCUCACACAAGCUUAUCAAUCAGCCAAAUAGUGUGGGAGUAACUGUAAUCUUCACAAUGAAUCACUCUAUUUGUGACUUCUGUGACUGUUUUGGCUCGCCGAGGUGACAUUCGCACAGAAAUUAGCACGGAAUGAUCCCUGCGGUUGCACACAUGACACAUGAAAACCAAAAUGUCCUUGGCUUUGGAUACUCGCUCAGCAUCAUCCAAGAAAGUAGGAAAACAAAGUCACUUCUUUUUUUUUUGUUAAGUGACAAUAUUUCCUUUUUUUUCUUCUUCCAUCUUUCUCAGUCCUAAGCAUCCACAAGCGCCCCAUCACUACAAAUUCAAACUUCAGCCUCCCUGUACAAGGCUGGAGGGGCCGGUUGGACUGGGUCAGGACCUCUGAGGAGAAGAUCUCUGUGUCCCGUGAUGCUCUGUCCAUAGAGCAAGCUGGUAAGAUCAAGCAGACCUGAUUUUACUCAUUAACUAAUUCUGAGUGUAUUUUGUGGACUUGAAUCUAAGAGGGUUUGUUGUUCUUUACAGAUGGCAACGACGCUUUUGUGACUGGCAUUGUCCUCUACAGAAACCUUGCUUCUUUCCUGUCCUUUCAAAGGUAAAAAAAAAUGAACUCACUUUAAUAUGCAUGUGAAUGGCCUCAGGAGAUACGUUUUGCUGCCACAAGGUGGCGCCCUUGCUUGUCUAGUCGCCUUUUCUCUAUCUUUUUGCUUCAGUUUUAAUUUAAAAAGACCAACAAUACUUAAUUCAAACCUUGACUUUACUCCCUUAACUAAUCUUUCUAAUCACGCCAUGUUUACUCUCUCCACAGUAACACCACCCUACUCAACUCCAAGGUUGUGUCAGUCAUCGUCUCACCCAACCCAACCCUCCUGUCAUCCCCCGUCGAGAUCGAGUUCCCCCACCUCCACAAUGUAAGUCCCUAAUGGUUACUGGAUCUAAUGAAGCCUUACAAAACAUAUCAGCUCCCCCUCUGGGUGUUUGCUCAGCGCGGCCGGUGCACGGAGUCUGACAUUUUGUUGACAUUUCCAGCGACACUGUGACUUUUACUAGAACGUGUGUGAGUUGCAAAAGAUCACAGCUGCUGAGCCAAGCGGUCAGUCGACGCUGAUGAGGAGUCAUGCGCAGUAAUUAAGUCUCUGCAGCUGAGAAGAAGCUGUUUUUAAGGGUUUUUUUGGCGCAUGAUAUCCGGGGGAGGGGAGUGCGAAAAUGUGGGCAGGUGGUUGUCAGCAAGCUGUUGCAUCUCGCAUGUUUACAGUACACCAUCCCCGCCUACACUUUCCCCCCUUUUUUCUGCAGAGACUCCUCAUACUAACUUGUUCAUCUGCCUCUCUUUUAUCCGCAGGGCACCAUGAAUGAGACAUGCCUCUCAUGGGAUGAAAGUGAAACGUGAGUGUUGACCACAGCCGCCUCUCUUCUCCUGCCAUCACUCAUUUCUAUGUCUUCUGUCCCGGGUGGCCUUGUUGUUGUUUAUCUCUCUGCUUGUAGUCUCGUUGUGCAUUCAGUUAUGCAUCUGUCACUGCAUAUGAACAUUCAAACCCCCUUUUUAAACCCGCACUCAUCAAAAGAGAGACUAAUAAUGUCCGCCAGCUAGAAACAGCAGGCCCGGCUCUGCUGUCUGACACACUUAACUGUACUCAGAGUAAAGAAAAUGACAAUCUCAGUGAUUGUCACUUGUUCUAGCUGAGUGACACUUCACUCUGAGGAUGGAAAAACAUGCAGGCCACGCUUCAAACCUCAUUACAUACAUCAGUGAGUAAAUUCACCACAGCCUUCCUUCAGGUCACACCUCAGAGUGUCGGUCUAGAGACAAUGACAUCCGCGGCUCCCUCGCCUCUUAAGUCAUGCUCACAUGUCAGCGCCAGGGUUAAUGGUUGCAACGUGUGGGACUUUUUAAAGAUGCUUUUGAAUGACUUAUGAAUGGAGCUCCUGCUGGAUCAAUCAGCCUCAGGCCCACUCUGCCCCUCCUGGAGAAUACACAGGUGAACCAUUUGCAUUUAGAUGGAUUUGUAUACUUGUGAGGGGGGGGGUAGAUAAGAAAUGAAAAUGCACAUUCACAUUAGCCGCAAACAUCUAGAGUCACUGCAUAAGCAAAAAAAAAAAAAAAAGGAAUGAAUGGAAGGAGAAAAUGUCAUCAGGACCAAUUAGAUUUGUUUUGUGGCCGUUGAUGUGAUUAUCUGUUGAAGAGGGGGACAGUGCAGUUUGGGGUCAAUGUGUGUUUUGCAGAGCUGCAUAUGUCCACCAAUCAGCUGCAAGAUGAAAACAGAUCCAAUGUGCAGCUUAAAAAGUCACAAAUAGAAGAUGUACACUAUUAAACCAAUCUGCAUGAAUCAUAGAUGCCAUCCCCAGCUGAUCUUGCCCUGCAGCCACCCCUACCAUGACAUGACAGUGCACCAGCGUCGACCUGCUGGCUAUGAUGAACCCUCUGAAUACACCCGUCAGUCAGAGCCUGAGGGUGCUGCUCAGUGCACGAACCUCCCCUGAGCUCUCUGGCAUCUGCUGCUGAUGCUCCUUACAAACAAACAUUUUUACACGUCUUUGUCUCAGAACAAAAUCUGCGCUUGCUUAAUCCUGACAGAUUUCCAGAAGCUAUUUUGUCAUCAGCUGUGCAACUCGUUUGAAAGAUUACCUCCAUAAAGCACGCGUUAUUGAUUUUACUUCCUGUUUUUACUCUGAUUGAUUCACGUUUUGUCUGAUCAAGAGUAGACUCAGUAUAAAUCACUAUAGAAUCAUGGCCCAAUCGUGUACACAAGACUGUUGUGUCGUUUUGGAAAGCAGAAACACAAUCAGAAAUCCAUCUGAGGUAUAGAUUGUAACACAGAUUAUCCUCACAUUCCCUCCUUCUUUGUCAAAAGAGGGAACACUGUGUCCUUUUGUCCCAAGUGCAUUGGAAAAGUGUUGCCAGCACUUUUAUGUUUUAUUAGGGAAAGAUUGGCCAUGAGUAGAAAUGAUUACAAUUAGUCUAACAAUACAUUUUAUGAGGGUGAGUGGUCAUCAAUCAUGGCACAGAUUUAGAUUAAUCACGCUCAUGUAAAGCAUCAUUAAAGCUUUUCUAAGGUGCUCUUGAGCUCUUUAGUGGACAUAAAUAGUCUUAUAUUUGUUUCUUACAUACUAGGUUAUAGAAGUGCUAUUCUGAUGUUGUAUUAAAUGGAAAUAGAAAUAGUGCUUUUUUGUGUUUAGUUGUUUAAAAUGCAGCCCUGUUGCAGUGAAAAGCAUACAUUUCCAAAGCUUUCUUUUGUCAGCAUGAAGUUUUAUGUGAGAAAAAUCCCAUUAGGAGGCAUGCACAUGAGACAUUUGUCAGAUCUCUCCUCUCCUAACCCGUCGCUGCCUUCUCUUCUCCUCCUUCCUCGUGCAGUUCCUCUCUGCUCGGCUCGUGGUCUGCGCGGAGCUGCAGAGCGGUGCCCGUUCAUUCAUUCAGAACCAAAUGCGUGUGUGACAGCCUCUCCACCUUCGCCAUUUUAUCGCGCGUCAACUUCGACUCGGUAAGUCUUUUGUCUUUUCAUAUUGUAUUCUUGUUUUUUGCUUUAAAUGCCUCCAUUCUCCGUUGGUUUUUCGAGCAGUGCCCGUGUGUCUGUGAAUGUGUGUGUAUGUGUGUGCGCGCGGUGCAGUGUGGCUGUAUCGUACUUGUUGUCGAUCGGUUUUCUGCCUGCACCUCUUUGUCUCUGUGCAGGUGAUCGGAAGGUGGCAGGCAGAUGAGAUGUGUUUUAUUCAUGCUAGAAUAUCAAAUCAACAUGUUUCAGUGCAGGAAUUUCGUUACGAUUUUAGAUUAAACAUAUCGGAUGGUAUGCGAUCGUGCCGGAUGUGCACGCGCAUGUUAAUUGGACGCGUAUUUUCUUGCAAAGCUCUGCGUAAACGACCAGAUAAAUCAUAUCCCUGCAUCAAGAAGCCGAUUUUAAAGGUCGUGCGUGUAUGAAAGUAAACAUGUUGCUUGCAAAUGUCCAUUCCGAUCACUCUAAUUGACUUUCCGAUCGUUGUAUAACAUGCUUUUACAUCAGAUUUCGGAUCUUGCCUGUUUUCUUAAAUAAUGCAUAUGGGUAGAUGUGAGCAGAGUGAGCGCAGGGGAACUUGUGAACGCACCGGAUGCUUUGAUAACCGAAAUCUGUCAUAACGCAUCGGUCUGCUUCAUGCGCAAAAGACAAUGUGUAAUUUUCCUCCCUGUAGACUGUGUUGCCUCCAAAGCUGCUCGCUCUCCAGUUGCCGUGGCAACGGCUUCUGCAGCGCGAACUCGGGCCUGUGUGAUUUUUGAUAACUGAGAUGCUGUGGGGAAAACACACAUAGACACAUACACAUAAAUACACUGACUCGCACACACACACAGCUACCCUCUCCUCCUCCUCCUCCUCCUCCUUCUUCUCCUUCCUCUGCUCUCUGAACAGCCCCCCUCAGGACAGAGGAAAUGGCCUGUCCAUCUCUGCUGUUCAUCUGAUCACUGCUGCACACAAAAGCAAUCAACAGAUGAUGAUAAGGGGGAAUUUUCUAUUUAAAGUGUGCAUGUUUUGAUAUCUUUACAGAUUUAUUGUUGUGCACAGGAAAAACAGCUUUCAAAUUUAGCUGCAGUGUUUUCUCGCUGCCUUCAGCUCUUCCUUUUCUUCCCGUCAACCUGUUGUUUACAUCCCACAUUUGAUUAGUCCUGCUGUGGCCAAUCUAAAUAGCUACUUAAUAGAUUUGUUACGGGCUGCUUUCUGCCUCCCGUGACAGUAAAUAAAAAAAUGCAGCUGCGGCAAUCAUCCCGUCUGCCAAUAUCUCUGAAUUCUCGAUUACAUCCACCCCCCUCCUUCUUUCUACUUCUUCUUCUUUCUCCUUCUCGACCACAGCAGCCAGUCUGAAAAUGCCAGAGAGAGAAGGAGAGAGGGGGGAGGUGGACCAAUGAGAGACAGACGUCUGGUCAUGCAUUGAUGCCCCCCACCCCCCAUAUUCCUAGUCCACCCCCCCUCCUCUUCCUUGCCCGUCUCUGCAUCCAUCCUUUGAUGUGAGCCGUGGACAUUUUCAAUAACGUCUCUCCGCUCGGCGUAUAAGAGGGAGAGAGAAAGCAGAUGUGGAAACACAGAGAUACUGCAGCACUGCUUCAAUGUGGUCUGAUUUCAGGAGCACUUCAGCAUCAUGUGUGUUUGAGACAUGACGGUCCAGAGGGAACGACCCCCACAUAGGUAGAGCAGCAGAUGCCCUUCAGUGUUCGGCAGAUGUGUUUUUUGCAAACAGCAGAAAAAGAGUCAUUGUUUAAGCUUUCUCGACAUUUUUUUUUUUUUACUCCGUCUAUUCACAAUGAAAGCAAGUGAUCUGAUCAAGGACAGGCAGAAGACAAGCGUCAUAUUUAGGUCAAAGUGGCUGUCUGGAUCUCACUCAGAGGCCCCGGGGUGCAAGCAUCAACCCAGAUCUAGAGAUUGGGGAAGAGAGGGAACAGAACAUACUGUAUCACUUGUUAUUUUUCGCUCUCCCCUGAUUCAGUUUAUGCUAAAGUGAAAAGACAGCUCACCACUCUGUUAUCUACCAUCUGUUUUGGGGCGCUUCUGAUGUAGUUGGAGAGAUUUUGAAACAAAUUUGCCACACUGAAUUAGUGUUUGGCUGCCGUGGGCCCUGGACUCCACCAGCUGUGCUUUGAUUCCAGAAAGGCUGAUGUGUAGCGCGCAGGAACAAUCUGUCAAGGCUACUGUCUAAAUUCAGAGAUGACACCGACAAUGGCAAUCACAUGCAUCAUGUAGGAUUGCAAUUUUAUUCAUUACCUGCAGAUUUAUUACACUUCAGGAUGUUAUCUCCCUCGUAUUUUUGAUCCACUCAACCUCGUCUCACCUUAUCAAAAUAUAACAAUCGCACUCAUCAAUGUAUCGCCUCGAGUCUUUUAUUCGCCUCACGCUCUUUUUGGCGAUAACAAUUUGAUCAAAGGUGUGAGAAUAAAUCCAAAAUCCUAUUAAAGGGGACACUGUGAGAAAGAGAAACCACACUGUUAGCUUUGUGACGCCUCGAGGAGGUGAGAUUUGUGUGUGCAGCGGUGACCCGUCGGCCUCGCAGGUGAACAAGCAGCAGGGACGACGCUCCUCUCUCUGUUCCUCCACCUGAGGUUCGGCGCCGGGGCAGGUUUGAAACACGGGGCUGGUCGGGCGCCGCUGGCAGUGUCAGGCGCUAAUCUGCUGUCAAGAGAUCAGAAGGGCAGGUGGCAGCAGAUUAAUGCACAGGUGAUAAUGGUCCACCUGUUCGAUGCUGCGGGGACGGGCGAGGAGCUGCGAAAACACCGACGUAGAGAGGGGGAAAAAAAAGAAAAAUGGAGUCCGUCAAUGAUUUAAAGCUCAAAAAUGACAGAACACAGGAUGACUCCUCCUGGGAAUCAAACAACCCCCCUCCUCGCUCCGUUGGGGAAGAUAUACGUCCUGUAUCCUCCUCGCCUCAUUUGCUGACUCUAAAGCUGGAUGGAGAAACGCACUGACCCUGACUGUUAGUUUAGUUCGCCGCUCCAUCUUUCUGACACGCUCACGCUGGGGUCACCUUGCCUCAGCCGUGGCCUGAUUGUGCCAUUCAACCGUUCGCCUGCGGGGAGCUGUCUGCUGUUCCAGAUAGCACACACACACACAAACACAGCUUGGAGGCUUUAGCUCGUGUGCGUGCAUGUGUGUGUGUUCUGUAAGAAUAUGUGUGUAUAUGUGUGUGUUUGUAAUCAGCUCUAAAAGACGUGUUUGGUUUGGUCUUGUCUCCUCUCUGUAGAUCAUGGACAAAGCACUCCUCCCAUCCGUGACUCUCAUCGUGGGCUGUGGGGUCUCCUCGCUCACCCUGCUUCUCCUCAUCAUCAUCUAUGUCUCAGUUUGGAAGUAAGUAAUCCGACCAGAAAAGUCUAGUCGUGUCAAACUUUGAUAUCACAGUCUGAGCUCUUAUCUAAAUCUAUUUUUUAAUCACCAGGUACAUCCGCUCCGAACGCUCCGUCAUCCUCAUCAACUUCUGCCUCUCCAUCAUCUGCUCAAACGCUCUCAUUCUUGUCGGGCAAACUCAGGCUCGCAACAAGGUAAGCCCCUCCCCGCGCCUUUCUUUUCCAACCUCUCUAAAAAUCGUAGCUUUUGGGGGAUUUUUAAAGUAGCAGCGCCUCUGACACAGAUUUCUCCUCUUCGCUCUUCUUCCUCGCUCCCCUCCGGCCUCUCUCAGGUGGUGUGCACUCUGGUCGCCGCUCUCCUGCACUUCUUUUUCCUCUCCUCUUUCUGCUGGGUGCUGACCGAAGCUUGGCAGUCCUACAUGGCUGUCACUGGUCGUCUGCGCAACCGCAUUAUCCGCAAGCGUUUCCUAUGCUUGGGCUGGGGUAAGCACACUUAUCUUCACUUCAUUUCUCUUUUUUUUUUUCUCCCGCCUUUGUGCAUCACUUUACUCUCUAACUUUACCUCCUUCUUGCACGUCCUCCAGGCCUCCCUGCGCUUGUGGUGGCUGUGGCUGUCGGGUUCACCAAGGCUAAAGGAUACGGCACUGUCAACUAGUAAGUCUCCUCUCCACCUACCAACUUUUUUCUUUCUUUUUUUUUUUUUACCCCUGCAGUCAUCCAGAAAAGCUCCUUUCUCAGCUCCAGCAUUAAUAUUCCUUCGUCUUGUCUUUUUUAGCUGCUGGCUGUCUCUCGAGGGCGGACUCCUCUACUCCUUUGUUGGCCCCGCUGCAGCUGUUGUUCUGGUACACAUCCUGACUUUGACAUCCCAAUCCAUCACAGGACUUUAUCUGUUUGUAAACGCAUUAGCUAUUAUUAGAUUGUCUUAUCCAUCUUUUUUUUUUUCCUUUAUUCUUUUCUUGAAAACAGGUGAACAUGGUCAUUGGUAUUCUGGUCUUCAACAAGCUGGUAUCCAAGGACGGUAUCACUGAUGUGAAGCUGAAGGAGAGAGCCGGGUAGGUCUUAUUGAUCCUUUCUGUACACCCUGAGUAUUGUCCUUAUCGCCCGCAUCAGUGCUAUUACAAGUGUAUUGAUGAUGUUAUAUAGUACUAACCUCCACAAUCAGACAAGAGGAGUGAAUAUGGUGGAGAAAAGGAAGUCCAUUGUGUCUAAUUUGUUUUGUUUUGUUCUCAGAGCGUCACUCUGGAGCUCCUGCGUCGUUCUGCCCCUCCUGGCGCUCACCUGGAUGUCUGCCGUGCUCGCCAUCACCGACCGCCGCUCUGCCCUCUUCCAGAUCCUUUUCGCCGUCUUCGACUCUCUGGAGGGUUUUAUCAUCGUUAUGGUCCACUGCAUCCUGCGUAGAGAGGUAAAAAUAUAUAUAUAAAAUUAACUAUGAUAAAGUAGCAGGAGCGUAAACGUAAAGGGGAGGCUGUUUUUUCUUAAUGGGCUGAUUUUUUUUUUUCCUCUCCGUCUAUUAGGUUCAAGAAGCGGUAAAGUGCAGAGUGGUGGACCGCAAAGAUGACGGCAAUGGAGACUCUGGCAGCUCCCAUCACAAUGGCCACUCCCAGCAUAUGGUAAAUUUCUUGGCUUAUUGCCGUUUUAAUGUCUAGAGUGGCUCCUGCAUUAUAUCCCUGAAUGAAUACGUGCAUACAUUAAGCACUAAUAGAGUUUUUUUUUUUACUUUUAUCAGCCGUCGGAUAAUGAAAAAGAUGGAGAUUCAAACAGACAAGGUAAGAUCCUGCACUCGCACUCUUAACCAUUUUUCCAUUUCCAUUUAAAUCCCCGAGCCUCACGCUAAACAUCCCAUCAUAAAACAUGAAGCGUUUUCAUUGAAGCGUUUUUCAAACACGGCUUUGCUCUUAGUUUUUGUUCAACUCUCUGUCUUUUUUUUUGUCUUCAAAGGAAUGAAGAGCUCCUCUGAAGAGAAGAUGCCUCCCCCUCAGCUGCCUCUCCCUAUGGGCUCCAACUUCCACACCCUCCCAUCCAACCCCAACAAGAGCCACAUGCAGGCCGUCCCUGAAUACUCCAGCCACACGCUCACCCUGAAGAGAGAGAAGACCCGUCUCGCAGGAGGAGUCGACCCAUCCUGCGGGAAACCCGUGUACGUCUGCGAGGGCGAGCUCUUCCAGCAGCUGGAUGUCGAUCUAGCUCGCGCUCAGGCGGAAGGCGGCUUAUCGGACGGCUCCGGAUAUGUCCUCAUGCCCAACACCACCUCCACCCUGAGGACCAAGCCCAAAGACGAUCCCACCAAGUACAACAUCAGCGUGGAGCAGCUUCCACAGGCCAGGCUCAUGCACCUCAGCGGGCCCUUCGCCGAGCCCCAGGCGGCGUUCGGGAUGAAGGCGAUCCCUGCGGAUCAGGUCAGCGUAUCGUACUCAGAGAGGGACUCCCCCAUCCAGAACAUCCACAACAUGUCCAGCGAGUCUCACAUCACGCACAGCAGCCUGGAGAACACCUUCGAGUCCAUGAACUCCAUGAUGUCCAAGAGCGAGACCAUCUCCACGCUGUCCAUGAGCUCUUUGGAGGUAAGAAAGCGUAAAUUAGUGAAGACCUUACCGAUAAUCUCACGCUUACUUUACACUAACCUGACUCUUUCCGUCUUUAUCCUCACAGAGACAGAAAUCUCGUUACGCCGAGUUGGACUUUGAGGUAAAUAUCGAACAUUCUCCUCUGAAAACAUCGCAAAGAAAUGUGAGAUAUGAAAUCCAUCCCUGUGAGCAUUUCUCAUGGAAGUAAUUGUUUCUGUCUUCUGCAGAAAAUCAUGCACACAAAGAAACGCCACCAGAACAUGUUCCAGGACCUGAACAGGAAGCUACAUCACGCUGAGAAAGACAGAGAGUCUCCUGCUUCUGACAGCAAGGUAGCUUUUUGUCAUUUUUCCACCCAUCAUCCAUUUCAGCAGACGUCAAUCUUUCAUAAAUUCAGAGCUAAAAAGAAAAGAGUCAAAAAAAAGCAUGUGAGGAUGACCCUAUGAAACAACCCGUGGUAUGUGUAUGACGCUGUGGUUGUGUUUACUCGGAGGUCAUUUGAAUAAGGAUGUAUUCUCUUCCUUCCCUCUUACAGUCUGUGAGAUGGAGUGUGUCCUCAGGAGGAAGUGACAAAACAAACCACAGUGUGAGUGUUUAUAUACAACCUCACAGACACAAAUUUUACCGCCUAAAGUCGAGACACACCAUCAGAUAUAACACUUGCCUCAAGGAGGACUAAUGUCCCCAAAUGACAAAAUGACUUUCAUGAUUAGAAAAUCACUCCUGAUGUAAUGAAACCCAUUUCAUUUUGAUUAAUUCAGAAUUGCUCAGGGCUGAUGGGUGGCACCAGAGCUAAAGUGGUUCCUCUUUUUUUCGUCCCACAGGACAAGCAGCAGGCUCCGAUGGAGAGGCCCUGGGAGGGAGUCCGGGGGAUCCCACAGUCACCCCCUGCAUGGGUGCGGAAAGACCUGGAGCCCCUAGCCGCCUCACCUCUGGAGCUGCACUCUGUGGAGUGGGAGAAGAGCAGCACCACCAUCCCUCUGGUGGGGCAGGACAUCAUUGACCUGCAGACGGAGGUUUGAGGGGAAGGAGGGGGGCUAGAGAAGCCGCCUGAUUUCACCUUUGUCACCUCUUUUGGUAUGGGAAUUGGAUCCGGUAUGGAUAGAAGAGAGGGGAAACCAAGAUAGUGAAGAAGUUGGUCCCAGAAUCGAUGUCUUCAAACCCUCAGCCAGAGCAGGAAAAGAGAGAUGGAGGAGUGAGGUGGUGUAAAAGGGAUGUUUAAUGUAGCUUCUGUGUGGACUUGAAGCACUCUCAUGAGUGCUCUUAGGGUCUAAGGGUUAGUGGAGCGAUCGGUGGUUUCCAUGGACCAGGACUGGUUAAUGGUUCCAUUAAUGCUUCACUGGGAGUUUCCUGGACCCCUCAGCCUGGGUUCGGAAGAUGUGGUCGACAUGUCUGUGCUUCUUUUUCCUUCAACUCAACUUUUGAGAAGAGUAAAAUAAUCUAAUAACGGCGUAUCCCCCCCUGAUUUUUGGGAGGAACAGCCGGAACUCUUGGCUGCUUGUCGAACAGCCAAGUUCACUUCCAAACUAAGACAAGGCGAAGGAGCAAAAAGAAGGGCCGGUUUCAUGCUUGGAGUCCAACACUCUGCACUUUUAGAUGAGCACACACAUUUUUUGCUUUUGAGCCGUGGGUUAUUUUAAUUUUCCUGCUCUCUGCUUUUCACUUGGAACUGCUUCAGAAAGCCUUUAAAGAGACUCUUUGAUGAGAAUAUAACUCUUCUCUUUGAGCGCGGGCUAAAUCACGCUGAUAGCGCUUCUCUCUGCUGUUAUCAACCUGGUUAUUAUUAUUAUUAUUAUUAUUAUUCCGAUGGUUAUUGCUAUUAUUGUUCUUGUCAUUAUGAAUUCAUAGCCUUUAAUUUUAUGACUUCAUCCUCCACUCUGCUGUCAGGCGAAAGAUAUAUCCUUUAUUUUACAGUGAACUACAGUAUUAGGCUCAUAAAUAUGACUCAAUGAAUCUGUGAUGUGAUUGCGAUAGACUGCAUCGGGACAAACACACGGAGUGAUGAUGGAGGUGAUUGUUAACAGAAAAAUGACCUGGUUUCUUUUUGAUACCAAAACACCAGCACCAGGAAAAACACAGACUCUCACACAGGAAGAGCAGUGCACUCUGGGUAUUUAAAAAAAAAAAAACGCUGGGAUGGAUAUGUGAAGGAUGCGCACCUCCUCUCAGCAUGCACACGAUGCAGGCUCUUCCAUGUCGUACAUGAGGAUUCCGAGGGGUUCGGCGAGACCUUUUCAUCAUCGCACUUCUGUUUUUGCUCAGCCUUGCAGGACUCUUGGACCGAGCAGAGGCUUCCUGGCGCCGGCGGGACUUCCAGAGCGGCGCCAGGUCCUCGAGACUUCAACACAUUUGUGUUUCAGCCAUCAGUGUGAAAUAGUGCAAUAUGAUGGGCGCUUGAUGCUCAAGCAAGACUGAUAUUAUGAUUUUGGCAGUAUUUUUUCUUACAAAUGUUUCCAAACUUUUGUACCAUCUUCCUCAUAUUUACAGAGCAUAUAGAUGCUUUAUGGGAUUAUUGUAUGACAAAUCUGUAUUAGUAAUUCAAGGAAUUUAUUCACUAGAGAUUUGUUAGCACAGGACUCCAUAUUUGGAGCUCUAUGUGACAGGUAGAUUAUUGUACUUCUAUAACGCAGAUGUUAUAUAGAAUGAAUGGUAUCUCUAAACUGUGCUUCAGGAUAUUUGUGAUUACUCUUCGCUGUGUAGCGAGGGGUGAUUGAACCUCAUGUCUUCUGUAAAAGUGUGUUUUGAUAACAUCGUCAGUAACUCAGUAGUAUGUACUACCAGCCAAUUCCCCCGUCCCUCCAGAUUCCAGCGUCCAGCCCGAUUCAUACCUCGAGUUACUCGUAUCGAAGACCCAUUUGUAUUCUCUUGUCACAGCUUUGUUUUUAAUGUUCCGUUUUACCUCCUGUAAAUGUACAGUUUUCACAGCACAAAAUGAAUGUGACUUAUUUCUAAUAAAACACAUCUAUAUUACAUUAACAA